AUGAAUGCCCGUAACACACGUGAUUUCAGUAACCCUCAUUCGCAGUUCUUCUCGGCAUCGCAGAGUCUUCGACGCGCAGGACGUCCCGUUGGCUCAGGCUCCCUAUCGGCAUUCGACAACCCCCAAUCAUUCGAGUCCGCUCAAAGCGAUGAACAGUCUAUCUUUAAUGCCAUCCGCGUCGCCACACCGGACCCACCGAGUACUCGCUUCUACGCCUCGCUGAACCAAGACCUCCCGGUUACAAAUGGAUUGGCUGUCAAUAUGGCUAGAUUCGUGUUGACAGACUCGCACACUUCCUCGUCCGUCAAUGAAAACUCUGGACAAAAGCAGAGGCCCACAAGAAAGCCCAGCGACCAUCGAAAGAUACUCUCUGAACAGCAAUGGCAUCCCGCACCCCGCAGAAAGCCCUGCCCAAAAGUAUCCCGCCCCGACACGCUUCAGCGCCUACAUCGCAAAGCAGUAUCUCUCGGCGCAACCGACAAUGUUCGUGGUCCAAUAUGGCCUGGAACUGCACAGCCCGCAAUAAUCAUAACCCAGCCUCGAUAUCCACCACCAGAAAGAAGUCCCACGCCUCCUGGUCUUCCAUCGUUCGGUUCACCAGAAGCCAUGCGGUAUUCAGCACGGUUUUUGCUGCGAGACAACGGUGCCUAUGCCCGUGCAGAACGCGACGCAGGCUCUCAGCGCAGUAGCUCAUACUCAGAGACUAUCAGACGGUUCUUCGGUCUUUUAGUCCCGACAACGCGCAUUGAUGCCCGCUCCGUAACCGGCAUAGGCCGAGCAGAGGAUGGAACAAUGGUCCAGGGUCGGUUUCCAUAUCGACAGAGUGGUCAUGGAACUAACGUCGUUCGCUCACUGCAUGACCAUCCAUUCCACCACCGUCUCUCGCCUGCUGAACACGAAACUGUGGACACAUGUCGCGACCCCUAUGACACUGGUCGUGCGAAGAGCCUCGGUGGAGCUGUUCGUACAAGACCAUUCCAGUCCUCCCAUCUCGCUAGACGGCGCUCAUUGACUCCCGGGCGUGGUUUCUCUUUCCCAUCGAGUCCGACCUCGGCGAUGAUUGCUGGCCCGCGCCAACCUAGACCCGUGGCACUUUCAGGUCUUCCGCGAGAUCUGUCUGCUCCGGUUGGCCUAUCCGGAGCGCCUACUGAACAAGCUGAAUCAUCCAUUCAAGGAUCCAGAGACACUUCUCAUAACCGCACCUCCGUUUCAUCCCGGUUACAUUCAGCCCUCUCAACCGUCCGUGAAGAUGGAACAAACAGGGGUCCACAAAAAGAUUCAUCUGUUUACUCGGCUUUUGUGUGUUGGAUCAGAGCCCAACCUUGUUACUGUGGCUGCUGGGACGAGCACGAAGAACCUAACGAAUCUGUUGGUCAAACCAGUUCACACGAUACAUACACAACUGCCAGAAGUGAAGUGUCACCCACUGUUUCUCAGAAUGGGAACGCGGAGAGAAAUCCUUCCCAGGUUCGGAGUCUUCAGUCUUGGGUAUCGUCUGUUUAUGGUGUCAUGUUCCCGACUCUCGUGGAUCCAGCCACGGUAUAG